GUCAAAUUUCACCAAGGGGGCAGAAAAGGGAAGGGUGCAUUAUCCGGUUAUAUUUCGUGUUUCUGUCACGCUUCACUGACGAAGAGUUACCAGACUUUUUAAUAUAUUGUUAACUUUCUCUUUAAUGUGGUUUUAAGGUAUACAAAAAUCCGGUUAAUUGGAUUUCAGGACUUCUUGGUUCCUUUUCUCCGGUAUUUCUCUGUUUGCGCACCUGAGCCCGCUGCUCAGUUUUGUGCAACAUGACUUUGCAACGCGUCUGAUAAACUAAAAACUAUAUCAUGGUGACAUUACCUAUCAGUGACAUGCCUGCUGUGGGGAACCUCUGUAAAUGUGCAAUCUCUCACUGUGGAAUAACCAGCGGAGUCCAGGUGUCACCGGGGGAAAGUGAUGUGUGCAGGAGUGCCAGUUUGAUGUCAGCUGGGGUUUGACAGAGUGCAGGAGUUUGGGAUGAAAGAGAAACCUUAAAAAAAGAGACAUUUCCCGGCUACUUUUACCUGGAUUCAACACCGAACCAUGGCUUCUGAGAUGGUGUGCGGGCUGGUCUUCAGGCUGCUGCUGCCUCUGUGUCUUGUUGCUGCUUGCCUGUUCAGGUACAAUGGCCUGUCCUUCGUCUACCUCAUCUAUCUCCUUCUUAUCCCACUCUUCGCGGAGCCCACAAGCACAACAAUGCAAGGCCACACAGGGCGUCUGCUGCAGUCCCUCUGCUUCACCAGCAUGUCUUUCGUGCUGCUCCACAUCAUCUAUCAGAUUACCGUCAACAGCCUCCUGGCCGGGAAGUCCAUCAGCCCCAACUUCAACUGUUCCACGUGGGAGAAAUCCAUACGACAAAUUGGCUUUGAAAGUGUGAUUGGUGCAGAUGCGGGGAACGGUAUCCGAGUGUUCAUCCCCGACAUCGGCAUGUUUGUGGCCGGCCUGGUCAUCUGGCUGCUGUGCCGCAGUCUGGUCCAGAAGAGACCGCCGGAGGACAUGGCCCAGUACAACACUGACUUUGAAGCAGAAGAACAAGAAGAAGAGGAGAAGCUGAGCCUGGACCACAACAUCCUGCUGGAAGAAGACUACGAGGCGGGGUACGAGGCCGAGGAGGAUGAAGAGGAUGAGGAUCUGGAGGAGGAGGAAGAGGAGGAAGAGGAGGAGGAAGCAAAGGAGAGCACCAAGAGGAAGAUCCUGCGGCACGUAGCGGAGGUGGCGUCCAAAGUGAAGGAUAUUAUCGGGAACCUGAUCACGACUGCAGGGAAGGUGGUGGUCACCAUCCUGCUGGGCAUGACAGGUAUCAUGCUGCCCUCGUUGACUUCGGCUGUUUACUUCUUCAUCUUCCUCUUCCUCUGCACCUGGUGGUCUCUCUGCCGGACCUUCGACACGCUCAUCUUCAGCUGCAUGUGCGUCCUCAUGGCCAUCUUCAGCGCCGGACACAUCAUCGUCCUCUACCUCUACCAGUUCCAGUUCUUCCAGGAGUCCAUCCCCGCAGACGAUGUGACCGUAGUAUUUGGCAUCUCCCCCAUUAUCCAGAGCAACUGCUCCUACACGUGGAAGCUCAUCGUGCACCCGGAGCGUAAGUGGUUCCACUUUGUGAAUCCCAUCAUGCUGCUGCUGCUCUACUACACGCUGGCCACGCUCAUCCGCCUCUGGCUGCAGGAGCCCAUCGACCAGCUGACGGACGACAAGGAAGACGAUAUGUGUGAGGAGGAAGAUCUGGAUGGAAACACAACGAAUCACGGGGCCAACAGGAAGAGGCAGCUGUGGUGGGAGUCACGCCAAGGAACAGAUGAGAAAAACCUCCUCUCCACUCAAGAUGGCUUCAGUACAACUGAGGCUGUUCCCAUCUCAAACGGGACGUCCUUUGAGUUCGUCACCACUGAGAAUGGACCGGUCUGCCUGGACUUAUAUUCCACCCCGCAGUAUAAAAUGGACCAGCCCAGCGACGGUACAGAGAAGAAGAAGGAGGAGUGUGUGUAUGAGGUGUCUGUUCCCCUGGAGGAGUCGGAGCUUGAAGGAGGAGAGGAGGAAUCUAAGAUGAAGAAAAGAGGAGUCGGUGCGAUAGUUAAAAUCUUCCACUUUGUCCUGAAACAGAGCUACAUCUGUGCUCUCAUAGCCAUGAUGGUGUGGAGCAUCACUUACGUCAGCUGGCUGACGUUUGUCUUCCUCAUGUGGUCGUGCACGCUGUGGAUGGUGAGGGACCGGCGGCGCUACGCCAUGCUGUCCUCGCCCUUCAUGGUCGCUUACGGAAACCUGGUCAUAAGUCUGCAGUACAUCUUUAGUUUUGAGAACCUGGAUCCUGACCAAUACUCAGGGUUCUUUGUCAGCAAGAAAAACCAUUUCCACUCAAUUUUAUCCAAGAUCAUGUGUCUGCUGACCUUUUGGCUUUUGCUGAGACAAACACUUACAGAGAGAGAGGAAAAACUAAAAGAAGAAAGUGUCAGUCUCUCAGACGUUCAUGUGGAGGAUGAGAAGAAGAAAGAGGAAGAGGCGUCUGAGGAGGGAGGGGAGCAGGACAUCAUGCACGUUCUGGGCAGCAUGGUCAUGGCUCUGCUGAUCAAAUACUGGAUCUACAUCUGCGGGGGAAUGUUCUUCUUCGUCAGCUUCGAGGGAACCAUCGUCAUGUACAAGAUCAUCUACAUGAUGAUGUUCCUCUCCUGCGUGGCGCUCUACCAGGUGCACUAUGAGUGGUGGCGGAGGAUCCUGAAGUACUUCUGGAUGUCGGUGGUGAUGUACACCAUGCUCGUCCUCACACUGGUCUACACCUUCCAGUUCAACAUCUCCCUGCCUUUCUGGAGAGAUAAGCUGGGAGUGAAUGAAAAACAUUUGAAGGACCUCGGCCUUGAGCAGUUCGAAGUCGCCAUUCUGUUCACCAGGAUUUUUAUUCCCACGUCCUUCCUGCUGGUGUGUAUUCUCCACAUGCACUACUUCCACGACCGCUUCCUGCAGCUCACAGACCUCCAGGCUGUCUUGGCUAAAGAGGAGAGCACGAUCUACAGACUGGUGCACCAGGACGGCAGCCUGGCGGACAUCACCAUGCUCAGCGCCAGCUCUGUGGAGGCCACGAUAUCCAGAGAGGAGCCGCCGCAGCAGGAGAAGCAGCAGCAGGAGCAGGAGGACCAGGGGGAGUGGAGGGGGGAGAAGGAGAAGGUCCUGGUGGUGAUGGACGACACCGACAUGACUGGAGAGAAACCGAGGACUUUCUCCGACAACCGGCAGUCGAGCACCGACGAGAGCCGGCACUGCAGCGCGGGAACCGAGCCGAGUACCGAGCAGAGCUCAGAACUGAAGAAUAAAUGGCACCUGGUGGUCGACCGGCUGACGGUGCUCUUCCUGAAGUUCCUGGAGUAUUUCCACAAACUGCAGCUGUUCAUCUGGUGGUUACUGGAGAUCCACAUCAUCAAGAUCGUGUCUUGCUACAUCGUGCUGAUCGCCGUCAAAGAUGUUUCUUUGUUCAACUACGUGUUCGUGGCGUCCUGGGCUUUCGCGCUGCCGUACUGCCAGUACCGGCCGCUCGCCUCCAGCGUUUGCACGGUCUGGACGUGUGUCAUCAUCGUGUGUAAAAUGAUGUACCAGCUCAAGUUCGUAGAACCCAAAAAACACUCCAUAAACUGUUUGAUGCCAGAAGACUACUCAGAAGACCAGAAGAAUGACAUGAAUAAGUCUCUGCUGUAUAAGAGUCCGGUGGAUCCAGCCAACUGGGUCGGCCUGGAGAAAGCUGACGACCUGCUGGGCUACCUCAGGGACAACCUCAUGAUGCUAGCUCUGUUAGCGUUCGAGGUGACCAUCUACCGCCAUCAGGGAUAUUUCAGACUGAGGAACAAGCUGUCGCCUCCCGCCGCCCGCAUCAUCUUCCAUGAUAUCACACGGCAACACCUGGACAUCGGCAUCAUCCGCUUCAUGAAAUACUUCAUCAACUACUUCUUCUACAAGUUUGGACUUGAGACGUGCCUGCUGCUCGUGGUGAAUGUCAUCGGGCAGCGGAUGGACUUCUACGCCAUGCUUCACGCCUUCGCCCUGAUUGCAGUCAUGUACAGACGCAGGAGGAAAGCCAUCGCUGAGAUCUGGCCCAAAUACUGCUUCUUCCUCGCCGUCAUGCUGACCUUCCAGUACUUUAUCUGCAUCGGGAUCCCGCCAGCAGCCUGCAAAGACUAUCCCUGGAGGUUUCCCAACUCUACGACUGACUCCAAUGUGGUCAAGUGGCUCUAUGUUCCAGAUUUCCGCACCCCGCCUAAUCCAUCGUUCCUCAUCUAUGACUUCAUGCUGCUGCUGUGUGCCUCGCUCCAGAGGCAGGUCUUUGAGGAUGAGAACAAGGCGGCGGUCCGCAUCAUGGCUGGAGACAACGUGGAGAUCUGCAGAGAUCUGGACGCCGCCUCCUUCAGCGUCCACAACCCCGUCCCCGACUUCAUCCACUGCAGGUCGUACCUGGACAUGCUGAAGGUCAUCAUGUUCAGCUACCUGUUCUGGUUCGUGCUCACCAUCAUCUUCAUCACGGGGACGACGCGCAUCAGCGUCUUCUGCAUGGGCUACCUGGUGGCCUGCUUCUACUUCCUGCUCUUUGGUGGAGAGCUGCUGCUCAAACCAAUCAAAAAGAUCCUCCACUACUGGGACUUCCUGAUCGCCUACAACAUCUUUGUCAUCACCAUGAAGAACGUGUUGUCUAUCCUGGCUUGUGGCUACAUCAACUCUCUGAUUAAGGACCGCUGCUGGUUGAUCCAGUUGUUCAGUCUGGCCUGCACCAUCAAGGAAUACAACAUCGACAUCAUCCAAGCAAACGAUGAGUAUAAGUGUGAGCUGCCCAGCAACGAGGCGGGGAUCAUCUGGGACAGCAUCUGCUUCGCCUUCCUGCUGCUACAGAGACGAGUCUUCAUGAGCUACUACUUCCUGCACGUGGUGGCCGACAUCAGGGCGUCGCAGAUCCUCGCCUGCAGAGGGGCGGAGCUCUUCCAAGCUACGAUCGUGAAGGCGGUGAGAGCCCGACUGGAGGAGGAGCGCAAAUCUGUGGAGCAGCUGAAGAGACAGAUGGAGCGCAUUAAGGUGAGGCAGCAAAAGUUUAAGAGGGGCAAGGAGAGGAUGCUGAGCAUGGCGCAGGAGUCUGGAGAAGGACAGACCCUCUUCCAGCCCGAGGAGGAGGAAGAUGACGGAGCACAGCGAGCGAAAGCCAAGACCAAAAAAAAGCAGUGGUGGAGGCCGUGGGUUGACCAUGCUUCCAUGGUUAGAAGUGGAGACUAUUACUUGUUUGAAACUGACAGUGAAGAGGAAGAGGAGGAGGAGGAGAAAAAGGAGGACGAUCAGCCAAAGAAGUCUGCGUUUCAGCGAGCUAUUGGGAAGUUUGUCUCUGCUCUCAUAGCUUUGCCCAAGUCUAUUUUCAAGCUGCCUAAAACUAUCCUGCAGUAUGUAGUGAAGGCAGGAAAGUUUCUUUAUCACGCCUGGAUCACUGACCCCAAAGCUGCUCUAAGAGCACGAGCCAAAGAGAAACGCAAAUUUUGGAAAAAAUACACAAAAGUAGUGAGACGUAAAAAAAGCAAGAAAGAUGCAGGUCAUGUGACCAUAGAUCUUGGUGAGCUCUCAGAUGGGCAAGACAAACCAGAGGAGGAAAAGUCAAGUGGUCCAGAUAACAUCAUCAAGCGAGUGUUCAACAUCCUGAAGUUCACCUUCGUGCUCUUCCAGACGACGGUGGACAGCUUCACGCAGUGGAUGAACGACAUGUGCCGAGAGUACAUCGACAUCUCCACGGUGCUGCGAAUAGAGCGCUGCAUGCUGUCCAGAGAGGUCAAAAAGGGCAACGUGCCGUCCAAAGACAGCAUCCACGUCCUGUACCAGAAGGCCAUGAAGCUCAACAUGUCCCGCCAGGCCAGCCUGGAUCAGCUGAGUGAGGACGACUCGGCCUCGGCCUCCACCAGGCUGCGCAGACGGAGGAGACCGUACCCCAUGGAGAGCCAGGACUCCACGGCCUCCAGAGACAGCAUCUCCAGUGGGUACACCGAGGCCACCAAUCUGUUUUCUCGCCAAUCCACCCUGGAAGACCUGGAUGGGAUGCCGGAGUGCAUUCCCAAAACCAGCGAGCGCGCCCGGCCCAAACUGCGCAAGAUGUACGGCCUCGACGCCUCCACCUCCUCCGUGGACAGCUGCAGCAGCUUCAUGUCCAGUGAAGCGACCCAGGUUGUGAUGUUGUACUCCAGGCAGGGCACCACAGACACCAUAGAAGAAGUGGAGGAUGAGCACGAUCAAGGGGAAGACAAACAGCAGGCGGCUCCCUGGGAGUCCCAACAGCUGGACGAGAGUGAGGGGGCCGAGGGGGACGGCUGGAGUGAUGCAGACCCCAGGGACCAAGAGGAGAAGGAGGAGGAGGAGGAAGGUGAGGAAGGGAUGGAGGUACCAAAGGAGCAGGAGAGAGAAAAGAGGGCUCCCUGGGACUCUUUCGGCCCAGAUGAGGGCCCUUCGCUCAGGGUGAAGGAGACAGAGUCCGCUCAGGAGAAGGACUUCACCACUGACAGUGAGGAGGGGGCAGGACAGCCGGGCUUCACCCCCACAGAGGGGAGAGUCGGGCUGAUUUACACUCCUGACACAGACGCUUCCAAAACGUCCGACGCUGAAGUUCCUCCGAGCUACAGCAAGGCCGUCAGCUUCGACCGCCUGGAGCUGAGCGACGACGAAAGCGACAUGGACAGGAAGAGGGGGGGGCGGAUGUUGAUGACCUCCGACAGCCGCUCCGACAGCAGGUCCGACCUCAUGCUGCCCUCCAUGACCACCGAGCUGACCGCCAGCGAACUGCUGCUCAACAAGAUGUUUUAUGACGAGGAGCUGGAGCAGUCGGACCGGUUCUACGUGAAGCAGCCUCUGAUCCUGCAGCUGUGCUACGCCCUCUACAACAUGCUGGUGGCGCACUCAGAGAUGGUUUGCUACCUCGUCAUGGUCAUCAACCACAUGGUGUCGGCCAACUGCGCCACCCUGGUCCUCCCCACCACCAUCUUCCUCUGGGCCAUGCUGUCCGUGCCGCGGCCCAGCAAGCGCUACUGGAUGACGGCCAUCGUCUAUACUGAGGUCACCAUCUUCAUCAAGUACUUCUUCCAGUUUGGCUUCUUCCCCUUCAACCAGAACUCUAUGGAUAAGAGCAAACCUUAUCACCCUCCCAACAUCAUCGGAGUGGAGAAGAAGGACGGCUACGUCCACUACGACCUGGUCCAGUUACUGGCUCUCUUCUUCCACAGAUCCAUCCUGAAGUGUCACGGUCUGUGGGACGAGGAAGACUCCAAAGAAAGGCGAGCGCCGUCCCGUCAGAGCGAGUCAGAGGACGAGGGAAAGAGUAAAUCAGAGGAGAGUGAGAAGGGGUCUGAAUGCGCCUCCUCCAUGAUGAGUGAGAGAGGCUCCACUCACACCUUGAGGUCCUUAAACUUUGGCACCUCCAUCGAUUCAGGUCACGUCCAGGUUCAGUACCCGCAGCAGCAGACCUUCCAGCGGCGGAAGAGCUCCAGCGGAGGCUCGCACAUUUCUCACCGAUCUCUCCACUCCACUGUGAGGUCCAAGAGAGGAAGUACCGCCUCCCACCACGGCAGCCACAAGGACGGCAGCGAGGCCAGCGUCCAUCAGAAGACCCGAAAACAGAUGAUCACGGAGAAGCUCAGGGAGCAGCUCCUCAAGGGGAAAGCCUUCAUCAUUAAGCGGUUCCUGGAGAUCUACCUUCCCAUGAGGCAGUUCUUCUUCAACCUGAUCCACCCGGAGUACAGCGCGGUCACAGACGUCUACGUGCUGAUGUUCCUCUCUGACACCGUCGACUUCAUCAUCAUCGUGUUCGGCUUCUGGGCGUUUGGUAAACACUCGGCUGCAGACAUCACGUCAUCGCUGUCGGAGGAUCAGGUGCCGGGGCCCUUCCUGGUCAUGGUGCUGAUCCAGUUUGGCACCAUGGUGGUGGACCGGGCCCUCUACCUCAGGAAGUCUGUCCUGGGGAAAGUCAUCUUCCAGGUCAUCCUGGUGUUUGGGAUCCACUUCUGGAUGUUCUUCAUCCUGCCAGGAGUCACACAAAAGCGUUUCAGCGAGAACAUGGUCGCUCAGAUGUGGUAUUUUGUCAAGUGCAUCUACUUCGGGCUGUCAGCCUAUCAGAUCCGCUGUGGUUAUCCCACCCGCGUUUUGGGAAACUUCCUCACCAAGGGCCACAAUUAUGCCAACCUCUUCCUGUUUCAAGGUUUCCGUAUGGUGCCGUUCCUGACGGAGCUGCGGGCCGUGAUGGACUGGGUCUGGACGGACACCUCGCUGUCUCUGUCCAGCUGGAUCUGUGUGGAGGACAUCUACGCUCACAUCUUCAUCCUGAAGUGCUGGAGAGAGUCUGAGAAGAAGUACCCCCAGCCGCGAGGCCAGAAGAAGAAGGCGGUGGUGAAGUACGGGAUGGGGGGGAUGAUCGUGGCGCUGCUGAUCUGCAUCGUGUGGUUCCCGCUGCUCUUCAUGUCCCUCGUCAAGUCCGUGGCUGGAGUCGUCAACACGCCGCUGGACGUGUCCUUUGCAAUCACGCUGGCUGGCUUUACGCCCAUCUUCACCAUGAGCGCUCAGCAAAAACAACUGCAGAAUGUGAACCAAAGCGAGUUUGGCUUGUUUUGUCUGAAAUACAAUAAUAACGAUACCGCCUUGCAGUGGCUCGAGGGCUACUUCAAGGAGGACCUGAUCAUCGCAGAGCUGAAAGGCAGCUCCAACAGCCUGUGGACCAUCAGCCCGCCCAGCAGGAAGAACCUGAUCGAAAUGCUGAGCAGCGACGAGGAUUUCCCCAUCACCGUGGCCUGGUCCGUGCAAAGAAACCUCACUUUUGGUGCCAAGGCUGAAAUAGCGUCAGGAAAGCGAGUGACCGAUCUCGACGAGGAGACAAAGAAUGAGCUCAUCGAGCUGCUGAACGGAAACGGCCAAUAUGUGAUCAUAAAAGAGAUCUUCCCUCGUUUCAUUCGAGCCCCCUCGGACUCGGGUGCCACGUCUGUGGAUCAUCUGUAUAAAGAUAAAACGAUGUUGAACAUAAACCUGACGUUGAUCCGAGCGAAUGACUCGGCGCAGAUCCAGGAGUGGUGGAUCGUCAACCAGACGGAGCCCGGCCCCAUCCCCAAGAGAGGCCCCCUCCUAGACCCCCCCAAGUAUGAACCCAGCCUGGAUCUCUACGUGUUCAGCGACCAAGUCAGCCCCCCCAGCCUGGGCUUCCUGGCCGGAUACGGGAUCCUGGGCCUGUACGCCUCUGUGGUUCUGGUCAUCGGCAAGUUCGUACGCGAGUUCUUCAGCGGCAUCUCCCACACCAUCAUGUUCGAGGAGCUGCCCAACGUGGACCGCAUCCACAAGCUGUGCACGGACAUCUUCCUGGUGCGAGAGACGGGGGAGCUGGACCUGGAGGAGGACAUGUACGCCAAACUCAUCUUCCUCUACCGCUCUCCAGAGACUAUGAUCAAGUGGACCAGAGAGAAAACGGAGUGAAUCUCAGCGAGGGGACGCUAACGGAUGAAUUGAGCAGCGAUUUUCACCGGCUGAGGGAGCACAAAGUCAGCCGAGGACCAGCUCUGUCCUCUUCCACUGAGCUCUGACGGCAGAAAUACAGUGUUGGCUCCACACUAAAACACUUGUUUGUGUUCGAAACUAGUAUUUUAUACAAGUUACCGCUGAAAAACAACAAUUGCAGCAACUAUUGAGGACAGAUUUGCCGGUGCUGUAUUUAUCUCGCUAAACCUGGCUCUGUUUGGCAUCCAGAGGAUAAAACGAGCAGCUGGUUGGAGAAGGAGAACUCUUUUAAGACAAUUUGACUAAGUUAUAAAAAAUCUUAAUGCUAAUAUAAAGGUUUUUAAACACAAAUUACCCUCAUCGCUCCUCAUGCCUGCCUCUAACAUUUUCACAGUCGCACGGUAGGCGAAGAGAAACUGGCUGCAUUCAUCUUUAAGGGCUUCCCAUUUACAAACAAGUGCACAAUAAUGUCCCACUAAUGACCACAUGAGCACAAUCUCAUAUUUUCUCCCAACUGAAACGCUGUGGGAAUGUGCAAUAUUGAGUUCCUCCAAGAUUUUGAGGGAUGUGGACCAAGAGAAAAAGGGCCGGGUCUGACCAAGUCUUUUUUGUUAAAGGUCAGAGGCCACAAGGGAGCCUCCUGAAAGACACAAAGCAUUACAAAACAUUAUCAGACAAUCUUUAAUUGCUUAUUUUGUUUGUGUGAUAAGAACUGUUAUCGACGUAUCUUUCUCAGGAAGAGCUGUUUUCACAGAUAUUCAUCGUAUGAGUUAUAUGUUACAAUAUGUAGGCUUUGAUGGAUCUUAAAGAUUGUAGAGAAAGUAUUUAAAUGGCAUGACAUGUAAUGUGGAUAUUGUUGAGAUGGACUGAGUAUGGUUACUGCACAGGGAAAUAUUUUAAAGGCUGUAUUUAGAAAGUAAAUUGUGGACUGUUUUCCUCACAGAGAUUUAUUGCCAAUCAUCCAUAUUCUGAAUCUACAGGUUGGCGAAAUAAGAGACGAGCGGAGGGCUGUUUCUGAAUCAGGGUAACGUGCACUAGGUGGAAGACUCCUGCACAACACUUGUGAACCUCUCGCUAUUUUUAAACAUUCAUACUCACGAACACUGGCGCGUUCAGUCAUCAAGGAAAAACACGAACAGAAAAAAAAGACUCCUCACAAGAAGGGCUGAGACACAAAGCCCUUUGGUCCAAACUAUGCAUUAGGACAUUGUAGCAUGAUAGACAAACUUCAUUAUUGCCAUGACUAAUUUUCAUUACAUGUACAUACAAGUUACAGGGGGACAGGUCACGGUGGAAUGAAAUGUGAAAAUGUACCUGUGUGUUUAAGGCGAUGUUAUGGUGUGAUAGAGGUCCAAAGAUCUGCGAAUAAAUCAUGUGGAAAGGU